GGCAGUCUCCAAACAAGCUGCUGCUCCUACGUCAUUUUUUAAUAAAAAUAAUAAUAAUUUUAAAUAUAAUAGAAGAUGCAGAAAUUCUGUUUAUUUUUUACUGUCGCUUUGAUGUUAUUACAAGCCAGCCGCGCUUCGAUUGAGGAAGAGCAAGUCGCCAACAGACAAUCUGCCAAUUCUUACCUCUAUCCUUACCAAUUUAAUCCUUAUUCUUGGCGGCCGUGGAAUUUCCCGUAUUACCAGUUCCAACCGGAAGCUCGAAUUCCACAAAAAAAUGAAGAAGUUGCAGUGGAGUCGGACCGCCAGUUUUAUCCCGGAUAUCCCGGAUACCCAACCUGCAGGUCUCACACCGGUGAAAAAGGCAAUUGCGUUGAUCCGGCAACUUGCAGUACGUCCGGGGGCCGAGCCAGUGGCACUUGUAUUAACGGCAAUGUCUGUUGCGUCAAUGUGGUAACAAACAUAUGCAACAGACAUCACGGUGGGCGGAGCAGUGAAACGACUUCAAUCAACAACACUUAUUGGCAAUCGUCUUUGAGGCCGAUCAAAGCUUCAUCCAGCUGCACUCUGACAGUCAGGCUGGACAACAGAUAUCCCGAUCCGUAUAAUCCCAUUCCACCGGUUGCCCCUUUCUACGGGAUAUCAGUCUGUCAAGUUGGUUGGAUUUCCUGGUGUUUUCAAUCUCCCAGCCCGACUCCGAAUCCAUCUGCAGUGGUGAUUACUUUGAAGUAGCUGGAGCCAUUAACACAGUCCCAAAUAUUUGCGGAUUCAAUGACGGGCAGCACAUGUAUUUACAUGUGCCACCGUCAGCCACCACGCCCACUGACCUGCAAUUGACGUUCAACUUUGGGUUGUCCGACAUUGAAAUCCGCGCCUGGAACAUUUUGAUUUCCAUGAUUCCUUGUGGUUCUCCAAAGCUCGCGCCAUCAGAUUGUCUUCAAUAUUUCACGGCCCGUUCCGGAAGUGUCAAGACGUUCAAUUGGCGUGAUGUCGCCGGAACGGCCACUCGACAGCUGGCCAAUCAAGAUUACAGCAUCUGCUUCCGGUCGACGCCAGCUUCUUUGCAAAGACAAUUGUGCCUGACACCUUGCACGGUUCUCACGACACAGAAGCCCUUCAGCCUCAGCACGGCGUCAGCCAUUUCAGCUGCUAAUGUGACUGGAGCUAUGACGACCGACGUGAGCCAAUUGGGAUCCCUCAACUGCAACAACGACUUCCUAGUCAUUCCGGGCGGUUUCAACGUUGGAAAUCCUGCACCUGUUCUAAACAUGGCCUUCGAUCGCUAUUGCGGGGAAAGGUUGAACGCUCUUCCAGGCAGCCCCAUCUCUACCACCAUUUGCACCACCGCGACGCCGUUCAGAAUGCUGUACCGGACGAAUCGAGACGAGACAUUGACUUCGCCGACAAUCGAUUCUGCAUUCAAUUCCAUUCCUGCCAACGGAAACCGGGGAUUCUGCCUCAGCUUCCGGGUCCAGCAAUAAGAUUUGGAAGAAUUGACUUGGGGACGUAUAUAAUAAUGCCGGGAUAACCAUUUAAUUUAUAUUUAACUGUUUUGAUGUAUAAGACGUUUGUUCGCAUAUCUAAUAAAACUGCUUUCCGUGUA